AUGGGUAAAAGAAAAGUUCCAAAGAAUGUGUCUCAACCCGGAGCUGAAUCAGUACCCAGUAAAAAAGAUGAUGGGUCGACGAAAGAAACAAUUAAAAUAAAAGGAAAAAAGACAUACUCCCUUCAAGUUUCUACUAAAGAUGUAGGCUCAACAACUGAUUUGCAAAAGGUAAACAUUCCAGAGAAGCUUGAGCAUGCCCUUUGUGAGCUGAUCAUUGAAGAACAGAAGUCUAGAAAAGUUCUUGGCGAUAUCUCCAAAAGGAUCACACCCAAAAAGUUAACAGAUGUUUACAACAGUCUGUCAGAUGCUGGAUUUUCCAAGAAUCAAGUGGAGGCAGCCAUGUUGGCUACUAUCAUGUUGGGUGGUGAUCUGGUUCAUGCUUUAGAUUGGCUUUGUCUUAACACUCAAAAUGAUCAGCUUCCAACUGGAUUCUCAGAAACACUAAAGAAAGAGGAAGAAAAGUUAAGGCCUAAGUUUGACAGAUCUUUACUUGCUCAGCCUAUAGUUGUACAAUCUGAAAAUAAAAAGACAAGUGUAGAAGCCAGUGACAAAAAGCCAGCCAUGAAAGAUUGGAUACUGCAGUAUGCAGAGCAGAGUUCAAGUGAUGGCAGUGCUACUGAAGAGGAAGCUGAGCCUGUAUACGAUCCUACAUCCCGGUAUGCUGAGCUCCAUUCCAAGAUGCAGGACCUGAAAGAUCAGGCUGCCAUAGCUAAGUGUAACAACAACACUGAACAACAUAAGCAGCUGUCUAAGCUGUUGAAGGAGGUCCACUUGGAAAUGUCCUCGGUGGAGAAACACCCAGAGUUUGACAAGUCGAUAAAAUCAAGGCUUAAAUCCAACGUAUCAUCCCAACCCAAGGAGAAGAAACCUGCCCCAUCACCAGUCGAAAGUAAACAAAGCGUGACUGAGAAGGAGGAAGGAGAGGAUUUAGGACUGGGUCUUUUUGCACAGGCUGAGGCAUCAACAGACCCUUCAGCAACAGCUGAUACAAAACCAAAAGAAGAUGUCCGAACUUUUGAAUACACCCGCUCACAGUGGACAGGAAAGUCUCCUAAACAGUUUCUGAUUGACUGGGUGAGAAAACAUCUACAGAAGAGUGGACCUCCAAAGUUUAGUAAAAUUCAAGUGAAAUUUAACAGAUUUAAAAGCACAGUUACAGUUGAUCGUCAAAAAGAUGGACUGCUCACAGUUACCCCAGAUAUCUUGUGUGACAACAUCAAGGACUCAGAGCAUUUGGCUGCUACAUUAGCCUUGUACAAGUUGUGUCGAGGACAGCCUGUUCAUCAGCUGCUUCCUCCCCCUUAUCGCAAUGUGUGGCUGGAGUGGUCUGACGAAGAAAAGAAAUCUUUAGAAGAGGCAAAACAAACAGAAAAUAAACCCAGGGACCAGUUCAUCUCUAAGCUGAUGAAGAAACUUAACAUAGAAGACACUGCUGGCAAACCUGCGAGUAAGGAAAGUAAAGAUAAGAGUAGAGGAGAUGAGGAGGAGGAGGAUGACUGGGAGGCUUUAGCUGACAAAGGUUUGUUAAAUGAGAUAUUUACCAGUACUUCUGUUGAGCCUAAAUCAGAGAUCAGCAAGCUGCAGAAGCAAGCAGGUUCUCAUUUACUGAGCGCACUGCAGAAGAGAAGAUCAACAUCAGAGUACCAAGAUCUGCUAGCUGUUCGUCAGCACUUACCUGUGUAUCUGUACAGGCAACAGAUUUUAGCUGCUGUGAGAGAACAUAGUGUUGUGGUGAUAGCUGGAGAGACAGGGAGUGGAAAGAGCACCCAAGUACCUCAGUUUCUUCUGGAGGAUGGCAUAGAUGGAGGUGCAGACAAUAUCAACAUUGUGUGUACAGAGCCUAGGAGAAUCUCAGCCACCAGUCUAGCAACAAGGGUAUCCCAGGAGAUGGGUGAGAGUGGCCUCCCCUUGAAGGAGGCUUUGGUGGGGUACCAGAUCAGGUUUGAGUCCCGCAGGGGCCCCCACACACGGCUCAUGUACUGUACCACAGGUGUCAUCCUCAGACAGCUGCACAACGCAGACAAGUUCAGGGGUGUCACUCACCUCAUUAUUGAUGAGGUGCACGAAAGAAGCGUGGACUCUGACUUUUUGAUGAUAGUUGUUAAGGAGAUUCUGGCUCGCAGAACAGAUCUAAAAGUGAUUCUGAUGAGUGCAACACUUGACAGUCAGAAAUGUUCUGCUUACUUUGGUCACUGUCCUGUUAUCAACAUUCCAGGCCGUACUUUUCCUGUGCAGGUUUUUUAUCUGGAAGAUGUAAUAGAGAAGACAGGCUAUGUUGUGGACGAUGACUCACCAUAUACCCUCAGCCAUCACCAACUUAUCAAGGAGGACACAGCAUCUGUGGAGGUGACUUUAAAAGGAGGGAACACAUCCAAGCAAAACCUUUCAUGGACACAGGAAGACAUCAGUAAAAUCGACAGGACAGACCUGUCAGCUGAGACAUAUUCAUUGAGAACUAGAAAUGCUAUCACUCGAUUGAAUCCCAAUAGAAUUAAUCUGGAUUUAAUUGUGGAUCUGCUGAAACACCUUGAAUCAUCACCUCCAUUUUGUGACAUCAGUGGUGCUGUGCUCAUCUUUUUACCUGGGCUGGCAGACAUUCAGGAGCUGUAUGAAAUGUUGACCACCAUGAGGGACUUCACCAACACCUCCAAGUACCAGAUCUUUGCCCUUCACUCUAUUCUCAACUCUCAAGACCAAAGUAAAGUCUUCUCAGUUCCUCCCCCUGGUAUCAGGAAGGUUGUCAUAGCAACCAACAUAGCAGAGACAGGAAUCACAAUACCUGAUGUUGUUUACGUGAUAGACAGUGGGAAGGCCAAAGAACUUCGGUACAUGGAGACUAGUCAGAUGAGUGCGCUGGAGGAAGUGUUUAUAAGCAAGGCCAACUGUAAGCAGCGCACUGGGCGAGCAGGCAGGGUGAAGGAAGGCUUCUGUUUCAGGCUGUACACUCAUUCACUGUUCCAGGGCCUCAAGGCUUACUCAACCCCAGAGUUACUGAGAGCUCCCCUUGAAGAACUCUGUCUCAACAUAAUGAAAUGUCAGUAUGGUAAACCCCAUGAGUUUUUGAAUGGUGCCCUUGACCCCCCCUCACAGACAGCAGUGUCCAGGGCCAUGGCACUGCUGAGGGAGGUUGGAGCUUGUGAGACAGAUGAGAGCUCCCUCACCCCCCUGGGUCACCUACUAGCAGCCCUGCCCGUCCAUGUCAGGAUAGGCAAGAUGUUGUUGCUAGGGGCCAUCUUUGGGUGUCUAGAGGAAAUUGCAGUUAUAGCUGCUGCCAUGACAGACAAGUCACCAUUUGUUGUGCCACUGAGUAAAAGGUCAGAAGCAGAUGUUGCCAAAGAAAAUUUGGCGGUCGGCAACUCAGAUCAUCUCACUGUAUACAAGGCAUAUCAUGGGUGGUGUAAAGCUAGAUUAGAGAGCAGGUCAGCAGAGAAUGCCUAUCUUUCCAAACAUUUUCUUAAAAAGUCAACACUUUUGGAAAUUGAGAAUGUGAAGAAAGAUCUGGUGAAGUUGGUGGUCAGUAUAGGAUUUGAUCCUCAACCUUCAGUAACCAGGAAACUUAAUGAAGCUGCACCCAGUAACUUGACAGGGGAAGUUCUAAACAUAGCCACUGUUCAGAGUACAGGAAGUGACCUUGAUGUAGGAACCAUAGCACUGGUCAAAGCUGUCAUCACAGCUGGACUUUACCCACAGGUGGGUCAAGUGUUGACAGCCCCCUCUGUUGAAGCCUCAGAAAAGUUAUCCUGUUUGGUGGAAACCUCCCAGGGUGUAGCCCAGGUACACCCAUCAUCUGUCAACAAACAUCUGACAGCCACUGGUAGCUGGAUGCUUUACCAUGAAAAGGUCAGGAUGUCCCGUGUUUAUUUGAAAGACACAACAGUUGUUUCCCCUUAUGCUCUACUUUUGUUUGGUGGAGCUAUUGAAGUUCAGCACACACAAAGAGUUGUCCUUCUUGAUGGAUGGAUUAAAUACACAGCAGUUGCUAAAACUGGUGUGAUUUUUAAAGAAUUGAGAGUUUUACUGAACAGUAUACUGGAGAAAAAGCUGCGAGAACCUGCAAUGAAUUUAUCAGGCUGUCCAUUCAUUAUUUUACUCAAAGACCUGAUUCGUUCUGAAAGGCCCAGGUGAUUUUUCCCUCUCAUUCUUUCAAGUUUCAAAUUGAAGCUUUAUUUUUUAAAUGUGGCAGUUUGAUAACAUCACCAUUUUACAAGGAAGCUAUUAGGUACUUUAAUUCUAUUCACUAUUGUAAAGAUGUAUGUUGACUAAAAUGUAUGUUCUAGAAUUGAGGUCUCAGCAUUUUAAUGUCACAAUGUCAUAAUGCAAAUAAAAAUUAU